UUUUGGGAGCAGGAGCGUGCUUACAACUAAAUCAUGCAUUUUCCAACAGCUUCAGACCAUAAAGCGAAAGAAAUACUGCACCUUAAAGAAAGAGAAAACAGAGGAAUGAAUGGAAUUUUAUCGCCCAACCUGUUUGAUGAUCUUCCUGAAGAAUUGAUAAUGGAAAUCUUUUCAUUUAUUUCGUUGAAAGAACUGUGUUUGACUAUACCACUUGUUUGUAAAAAAUGGAAGGACUUUGCAGCAUCUCCUCUCCUUUGGCAACAUUUGGAUUUCAAUGAAAUAAAAUGUCUUACCACUAAAGCGUUGUACAACAUUAUUUGCAUGAAAUGCCCACUCUUAAAAAGACUGAGCUUGAAAUACAGAAGUGAGUUGUCAGCGUAUGAAAUGCUAAAUAUUGCCAAGGCGUGCCCACAGCUUCAGCAGUUAUCUUUAGCAUUUUGUGGCCAAAUAAAUGAAAAAAUUGUUACAAUGUUUGCAGAAUACUUUCCAGAUCUACAAGACAUAAACCUAGAAGGGUGUGAUAUCACUGAUGGAUGUAUCAAUGAUCUGUCAAUAUUACCUCUAAAAAGGAUUAGUGUCUCACACUGUGUUCAUUUGUCAAAUGAUAGUCUGAAGACAAUUGCAACAAGUUGCAGCCAUUUACAGUCAAUUAAUUUUGAUGGAAUUCAAUGGAUUACAGAUGACGCUGUUUAUGUAAUGGUGGAAUAUUGUCAUGCACAUUUAGAGAAAUUGUGGUUAGAUGGUGCUAACUUAACAGAUAACAGUAUUCAAGCUAUUGCAAAUUGUAUUAACCUAAAGGUGUUUAGCUUGUCAUUUUGUGAUAAUCUCUCUGAUGUUACCCUUACAUGGAUCAAACAAAUGAAAAAGCUUCAAACACUAAGGCUUAAAAAAGGCAUUAAUUUCACUGCCAAGGUACUACAGGAACUAUUUAUUGGACUUCAUGUAGAUUUGAUGGACAAUGCAACUGGUAUUUUAUACCUCUAUCUACCCGAGUGUUCAAACAUGAAUGAUGAAGCUGUCAAGUCUCUAGCUGAAAGGUACUUUCUAUGCAUGCAUUUAUUACCUAAAACUUUUUUGCCUCACAUAUCAAUAUCAAACUUUAUGUUUAAACUUGAUUAUACGAGAUUCAAAGACUCAAUACAACAUUUUCUUUUACUUUCUAGUUUUCCUAAUCUUCUUGAACUUGAUCUUUCCUGGUGCUGGGACAUUACAGAUCAAGGAUUUAUAAAUGUAGUUUUAAAUUGCAACGAAAUGCAAAGCAUGAUCAUGUGUGGUAUGAGAGAAAUCAUGGGAAACUGCCUCCUUAAUCUUCCAAAGUUGAUGCCACGUCUAAGAUAUUUAGAUGCUAGUCAGUGUAACAAAAUGUCAGAUCAGUUGCUGCUGGAGUUGGUCAACACUGUAAAAAACUUAACAGUUUUAAAUUAUUAUUGUGAAAUUCUUCGUCCUUAUGCCUUUAAUAAAUGAACAAUGACUUUUAGGCAAAUUCCCUGAAAGAUAAGAUACCUAUGAAAAAGUUUACAGUCAUUCUCUUAUGAAAUUGUUGUGCUAUAUCACAAGUGAGUAUAGAAAGGGGUCCACGGGGCAACAAAGUUUAGUGAAAAAUGAUACAUUACAUUACAAAUACGAAUAGUGAUUUAAAUAAAGCCAUUUGAGUGCAA